AUGUCACGUCCAAGAAGGUUUGUGAGAACUGCAAGGGUUGGCGCAUGGAUAGCUCUUGGUCGAGAAAAUGUAGUUCGACUUGUUGACUUUGAUGAUUUACUGUGGGGACUGGACGUUGACUUUUUCAGGUAUGAUAUUGCUUAUUGUCGUUCGGGUGGACUACUGGCCUUGUAUCAUCGUAAUGUAUCUUCUUCGGGGAGUAGGGGAAGCGUUAUCAAACUUUACAACGCCAACGGGACACCACAUCCUUUAUCUCCGCAAAUAUAUAUGGAUGAUAUGACAAACUUAAUGUUUGCAUGUUGGGAUUAUCCCAAAGAUAAUCUUAUAGUCGUUUCUAAUUCUGGGGCGCUGCGUUUUUUUAAUUUUAGAGGAGAACCUAUUGGGUCGUCUCUGAGGGUUCCAGUACCAUCUUUAUGUACUAGCACCGAAGCCGGUGUUGCCUUGCUUGUAGGACUUCAGGAACUCCGACUGGUACUGGUUGAGAGCGGCAGUACUGAGGGGUACGAAGCGGUCUCGAUUUCAAUACCUCGUCUGCUUCAUGAUAAUAAACCUUGUUCAAUGUUAGCAGUACCGCCGCGAUUUAGCGAUAGUGGGCAUACCGAGAUUUUUGUACCUUUUGUUACAACGGAAAACGCUUCGACCGUUUAUCAUAUCGUAUUUCACGAAAAGUAUAUGUGCCACGAUCUGGGUGUUUACAUCGAAGGUGGGAAUUUUGUUCAUAUGGCGCUUUCUCCCAACGGCCGAAGUGUGGCUUUUAUGGUUCGUGAUGGUACAGUAUAUGUUGCUUCACGUUCUUUUGAUGAUAUCACACGUCUUUUGAACAUAAACACAGAUGUAAUACCAUCUCAGUUUAUGUGGUGUGGGGAUAGGUGCAUAUCGUACUUGCAUCGGAAUAAGCAGUUCGAUGCUGCGCUUAAUUUUCCAACGACUCUCAGUUUACUCAGUGUCGAUGAUCCGGAUAAAUCAGAUUACCUCAACGAUAUUCCGGUCGAUGCCCACCUGGUUCCUGAAUGCGAUGGUGUGCGGAUUCUUUCAGCUCGCUCGUAUCAAUUUCUCCAGGUUGUACCCGAGCCCGUACGACGUAUUUUUUCUGUGGGAUCGCGAGCUAAAUCCGCCAUGUUGUUAUCGGCAUAUGAUGAGUUUAUGUGUGGAAACGCCAACUCUGUGAAAAUAAUCCGUGAUUUGCAAAGGGACAAACAUGGGCUCUCCGAGGCAGUGGACGAUUGCAUCGCCGCUGCCAAAUUCGAGUUGAGUGUAUCGCAGCAGAAACGAUUGAUGCGUGUAGCAGCCUUCGGUAAGUCGUUUUGUGCAAUGUACGAAUCUGAUGUUUUCGUUGACGUUAUUCGGCACCUCCGAGCGGUUAAUAUGUUGUGCAAGAGUAAAGCAGGGACGUUGUUAUCCCAAGCGCAGUUGUCAGAAUUAAAAGAGAAAUUAGUAAGGCGACUCGCACUGCUGAAUUAUCACCAACUUGCAUAUCAUGUGUGUGAGUUACUGGGUUUCAGCGCCAAGGAUGUCAUGAUGGAGUGGGCGAUGCUGAUGUUAACGAACUCUUCCGUCUCGCAGGCAGAUGAGGGACGCCUGGUCUCCAGAGUUGUGGACAAAUUAAAGUGCUGUAAGCAGUCUGCAUAUUGCGAAAUUGCGCUUAAACUUUAUCGCAGUCAGAAAGUAAGUGCGGCUCUUGCUGUACUCGAGGCUGAAACAUCAGUAUCGGAGAGAAUAUCUCACUUGCUGCAAAUCAAUCAACUGGAAGAGGGGCUUCGACAAGCUAUAAGGUCGGGUGAUACAGGAUUAAUUUUUACGGUCAUAAAAUAUUUGAUUUCCUCUGAAAGCAGUGAUGCGUUGACCCUCUUGAAGAAGUUCGUCACAUCAAGGAGAAUGCUGUUCGUAUUUGCCAAGUCAGCGAGAGUGACGAAUAGUAAAGUGAUGGAAAUCUUUAAGACAUACCCAGAUGACUGCGCUUACUUGGAUCUUUUACGGUACCUCGAGGAGGUAAGGGUUUCUACCGGUAAACGUGGGGAGGGGGGUCAAAGUUGUGAGGACUUGCUAGUAAUCAAGCUUAAUAUUGUGCGCUCUACGCUGUUGUCAUGCACAAUGGGUACUGUAAAUAUACCUUCGAAAGGCGGUUUGAGUGGGAACACUUACUCCCACUCGCUGCUUUCAGGUUCAUUCCGACCACCCUCUGACAGCGAAAAAUGGCUUCGGCUGCACAUGGAUCUCAUGGAGGAACAAAAAAAUCUGGUAAAGAAACUAAAGGAUCGUCGUUUCUUGGAUGCCAGUGUCACAAAAACAAUUACUCUUUGCCACGAGCAUGGUUGCAAGGAUGUUGCCGAUCGUAUUAAGAACAAGUUUGGAGUUUCCGACAAAAUGAAUACCUGGUGUAUGGUAAAAGCAGCUGUGGAAACAAAGCAGUGGAAUCUUGUCGAUGAGAUAAGUGAUAUUAGAGGCAAAGGUAGGUCCCCUGUUAGUGGUUUUGCAUUUGUGAGAGCACUUUUUGCCAAUUGUCAGCGACAGCAAGCCAAACAGUACAUACCUAAAAUUCCUCAAAUAGAAUGGAGAAUGGAAUACUAUGUCCUUUGUGGCGAUUGGAAAACGGCGGGUGCGGAUUGUCGCCGUCAUUCUGAACCGGAAUUGUUAAGUCAGUUGAAGGACAGAGCAAAAGGGGAUACUGACGCUUUGCGUCAAAUUGAGGAAGGAUGGAAUUCUGUCCAAGAGUCGGGUGCCGUAAGAUUGGCCAAAUUAUUCGGAUGA